AUGCUUUGGAUGAUAUCGUUGAUGUACUUGCUGCUCGUAACAACCUUGUCAACCCAUUUGGUCAAGAAACUCCUGUUAAAGAAUCAAUCAAUCCUGAAGCAUCAACUAGUACUGACACUACUCCAGUUGAAUCCACCCCUGCUGAAUCUAGUCCAGCUGAAUCCAGUCCAGCUGAAUCCACCCCUGGUGAAUCAACUCCUGCUGAGUCUACUCCUGCUGAGUCUACUCCAGCUGAAUCCAGUCCAGCUGAAUCCACCCCUGGUGAAUCAACUCCUGCUGAGUCUACUCCUGCUGAGUCUACUCCUGUUGAUUCUACUCCUGCUGAAUCAACCCCAGUUGAAUCAACCCCUGCUGAAUCAACCCCAGUUGAAUCAACCCCUGCUGAAUCUACUCCUGUUGAAUCCACCCCAGUUGAGUCUACUCCUGCUGAGUCUACUCCUGCUGAAUCAACUCCAGCUAAAUCUACUCCAGCUGAAUCUACCCCUGCUGAAUCUACCCCUGCUGAAUCAACUCCAGCUGAUUCUACUCCUGUUGAAUCCACCCCUGGUGAAUCAACUCCUGCUGAGUCUACUCCUGCUGAGUCUACUCCUGUUGAUUCUACUCCUGCUGAAUCAACCCCAGUUGAAUCAACCCCAGCUGAAUCUACUCCUGUUGAAUCCACCCCAGUUGAGUCUACUCCUGCUGAGUCUACUCCUGCUGAGUCUACUCCUGCUGAAUCAACUCCAGCUGAUUCUACCCCUGGUGAAUCCACCCCUGGUGAAUCAACCCCUGGUGAAUCAACCCCAGCUGAGUCUACUCCAGCUGAAACUACUCCAGCUGAAUCCACCCCAGUUGAAUCUACUCCAGCUGAAUCCUCUCCUGCUGAAUCUACUCCUGUUGAAUCUACUCCUGCUGACUCUACUCCUGUUGAAUCUACUCCAGCUGAUUCUACUCCAGCUGAAUCCACCCCAGUUGAAUCCACCCCAGUUGAAUCUACCCCUGGUGAAUCUACUCCAGUUGAAUCAACCCCUGCUGAGUCUACUCCUGUUGAAUCCACCCCAGCUGAAUCCACCCCAGCUGAAUCCACUCCAGCUGAAUCCACCCCAGCUGAAUCUACUCCAGUUGAAUCUACUCCAGUUGAAUCUACUCCUGUUGAAUCUACUCCAGCUGAAUCCACCCCUGGUGAAUCCACCCCUGGUGAAUCAACCCCAGCUGAAUCCACCCCAUCAGAAUCCACCCCAGUUGAAUCUACUCCAGUUGAAUCUACUCCAGUGGAAUCCACCCCAGCUGAAUCUAGUCCAGUUGAAUCCACCCCAGUCGAGUCUACUCCAAUUGAAUCCACUCCAGCAGAAUCCACCCCAAUUGAAUCCACCCCUGCUGAAUCUACUCCAGCUGAAUCUACUCCCGUCGCAACGUGCUCUUGCUGAAUCU